CCCGUGUGCACCACCAACCCCUCAAGGUUCCUCUAUUUUGAAGAUGGCUGAAGACAGUGGCUGCUGAAGGUUACCAGAAAAUCUGGGACACAUUGCAAACGUCAAACGCUACCAAUGAAACCCACCAGACUUGCAUCGCCGAGCUUCUAGGGUCAUUUCUCGUGGGCGAAUUUGAGGGGUUCCAUGUUGAGGGGAAAUACCAAACCUCCACUCUAGUCAACCUCGUUUCGCGCACCAAACGACAGCACUGCACCAUGGACGAAUACCCAGCUGGCAGUCUGGACCAUAGUGUUCCGUUCCUGCUCACACUCGGCACAUCUGGCGAUUCAACUUACCAGUCAGGCCUGAGUGCAGUGCUCAAGGAACAGGCCAUCCUGAUCCGUUCCGAGCUCCCACCUCUCGAUUCAGACCAGGCGCAUGCCCUCUUGCGAUAUAUCCAGAACCGCGAUGCGUCAAACCUGCCCUGUAAUGGCCGAGAUGCGCCAAAUAAGCACCGAUUCCACGUCAAGACGGCCGAGAGGUCAAUACUCCUACCGCCUCGCCGCGCGCGCCUCCCAGAUGGCAUCGACAUGCCCUCACCGACUGCUGUGCUACACUCUCCCUACUCUCCCCUGAGUCCCAUUUCACCAUUAUACCCCGACGGUCUGAUCGAUACGCAGUGGAUUCGCAAACACCAGGACCUCGUCCCCAGUGUGUUACUGUGCUUCUAUACCCUUACUUCCGACCCAACACUUGCGACGCUUAAUGACAACAAAAUCAAGACGGAUGUGAACAACAUCAGGGCCCUUCUCAGCCAGUCCGGCUAUAAAACGCGCUUGGCUGUUGUGCUCUUGAGUGACAAGACAUCUGCCUCAGGUGAUCAUGUGCAGGACCGAUUGGAGAGUCUCCGAAGAGGAUGUGGCAUAGAUGCAAAAUCUUUGUUUCUUGUACCGCCCGGUGAUUCGAAGGAGGAGCUUGAGCGCAUGGCUGAGAACAUGCUGACAACGCUCUACACAGCCUCACUGGACUACUACCGGGACCUUGGGAGGCAUUCACGGAAGAAAAGGGGCAGGGGAGUGGCACCGCAGCCGACGGUACCACCGACCUCGGGCACAUCACAAACACUCUCGCUGGCGGGAUGGAAUGUGCGCUAUGACUUCAAAAGCGCCGUAUUCGCGGAAUUUCGGCAGGAGAUGGAUGUUGCCCUAAGAUCAUAUGAGCAGGCCUACGAGAACCUGCUCAGCUCGGAGCUGAUGGAAGUGAUUCCAAGUUGGAGUCCACGGUGGAACGAGGCUAGGUUUCUCGCUGAUGUCUUGGCUGUGCGCUGUCUUCGAUGUCUGUUGUGGAACGGUCAGCACAGCGCGGCUGCUCGACGAUGGCAGUCCCACCGGGAGAGGAUAGCCGACUUUCUCGACCGUCGAGGUCGGGGCACCGGAAACUAUGGAUGGGAAGCUUGGGAAUCUCGAUGGGCGCUUCUCAUGGCCAAUCUGAUGGAAAAGGCCAGCAUCCCCGAGUUUGCUCCGGUGACCCACAAGCUGUACCUCCAGCCGGAGAAGAAUGUGAUGGGAGAGCGGUUGCAGCCAUGGGAAUUUCUGCAUCACAUGGGAUAUUGGUAUCGUCUGUCGGCAAAGCACAUGCAAGCUAGGAGGGACUUUGCACAUGCGAUACCCGAAGACGAUAGGAGGUCUCCAAGCAUGUCGCCGGCGUCUUUUGUGGCCAAAUCAGCGUUUGCUUAUGACACUUACAUGUGUCCGGAUCCUUUUGAAGAGUAUCCUCUACAUCGUGGUGGCUUUGAUCACGGCCGGUUUGUGGUGGAGAGGUUGAUGAAGGCACGUUCGGAGUUUCUCAAGCGGGAACAAGUACGUCUGGCCGCAGAAGUGUCCCUGGAAUGUGCCCGAGAACUCGGCCUGGCCGAGGAGUGGUCCGGCAUUGUCAAGCUUCUGCGUCCGUUGUGGAAAGACUUGCCAUUCAGAAGUGAGGGCUGGACCACAAUUGCGGAAUUGUUGAGUUGGAAUCUCCGGGCUGCCGCAGUGGAACUUGACGAUGCUGAGUUGGUGGUGACUAUUGAUUGGGAGCUGUUGAACCAGACUUUCCAAAAACGUCCCAACUGGGAGUAUGACAUUACCAAAGCUCUUGACCAAAUCGAUACCGAGUCCAAGCCAAUAGUGUCUCUAGCCGACGGUCAAGUACUCCCCUUCAUCUGGACGUCUUUUCUUUUCCGAGAAGAGGAAGGCAAAGCGGGCCAGAACGUGCGAAGUCAGCUCACGAUCAAGUCCAAUGCGCAUCAGGGGUCCACUCCUGUCUCUCUGACCAGUCUCUACCUCAACUUCAGCGGCAGCUUGGACCGGGUAGUUAUAGAGCAUGAUGAUGCUGCUGCGGUACAGGAAAAGAGGGGCAACACAUCAAUAUCUGCGGUCCCGCUAACGCGCGAUGAUGCCGAGGCCGAAGUCACAGACCUGGGCGCUACCAACAAAAGCGUCAUACUUCAAGGCGCUGCUGACCUGACGCUUACCCCUGGCCAGACUUUGGUAUUCAACCUUGAAAUUCCAUUACGAGAACCAGGCGAGACGGAAGCUCAGUCAUUGGUGGUGAACCUGGACACUGAGGAGUUCGACUUGCACCAUGAGUUGAAGUUUCAUCAGACGCCAAAAACCAACUUUUGGUAUCUUUCUGGCUCUGCCACGAAACGCAUUGCGCGUCCGAAUCCACUCGCGAUCAAGGUGCAGCCUAGGCCACCGAAGCUGGAGAUCAAGUGCCCGGUCUGGAAGGAUCAGUACUACACGGAUGAGGCCAUCGUCCUCGAAUUCGAGCUCACCAAUGGCGAAGAUAUCGAGGCGCUGGCCAAACUUGAUGCUACACUCUUUGGCGAGAAUCCCCCAGCGUUCACUGUUGAUAUUGCAGGCCAUGAGUCUCAGACAUCAUCCAGUUCCCGCAGCGAAGAGAGCAAACUGAUAGGGGCACCCCUGGGCACCAUUGAAAGCUCCAAGACCUCAUCAGUUCAACUUCGACUUCCACCAGUUGAUCGCUCCAGCCAGUACGACCUCACCUUGAAGGUCACUUACUUUCUCCCUACCAACCCUGGUACGCCGAUCACCCAAACUACGACGUUUCAACUCAACAUUGUCAACCCGUUUGAAGCAAACUAUGAUCUCCUGCCGCGGGUUCACCCUGAUCCAUGGCCAAGCUUGUUUGAUGCGGAUGGUGUCCGGAGUGCCGCUCCAGACGAUGACGUUCCUUUAGCCUUCAAGGGUCUAUCUCAGUCCUGGUGUCUGUUGACUCGUUAUGCCUCCUUUGCAUCAGAGCCACUACGGGUGGUAGACAUCGACGUGGUGCUGUCUUCCCUCCCAUCAGUCAGAUGCCACGCAAUCAAGCACAAUAAUCUCCCCUCCUCGGGCGAAGGCCGACUAGUCGCCCCCAAAACCAUCGAGGAAGCAGCCUUUGAGCUCAAAGCCCAAAAGGCCUCCCUCGACGAGCGAGGUCCAUCACCAUUGGACGUCUCCCUCGUCAUCAAAUGGUCUCGUCCGGAGGUCUCGGAUCGAAUCAACAGCACUACUUUACCAGUGCCACGGUUCAAUCUGUUUGGUACAGAACCGCGGGUUUUGGCGACGGUCUCGCAUAUGUUUACACCGCACCCGUUAGUGGUCUUGACGGUGUAUAUUGAGAAUGCGUCGAAUCAUCUGUUGACGUUUGGGCUGACGAUGGAGCCGAGUGACGAGUUUGCGUUUUCGGGGCCGAAGCAGACUAGUCUGAGCUUAUUGCCUGUGCAGAGGAGGGGGGUGGAGUAUAGGUUGGUGCCGUUUGAUGAUUUGGGGGAGGUGGGGAGGUGGGUGGGUGUUGGGUUGGUGGUUAGGGAUAAGUAUUAUCAGAAGGUGCUGAGGGUUGUGCCCGGGGGUGAGGGGGUUAGGGGGACAAAGGAGGGGGGUGUGGAGGUUUGGAUUCCGGGACGGGGGGAGGUGGAGGGGGGGGAAGGGAAGGGGGGGUAA